ACUGGCUGUCACAGCAGCGGCUGCAAGACAAGCACUUAGCACUUGCAGCAACCCAGUCACCACAGCCCUCCACCUUUCUCUGCACCGUCUAAAUCCCGCAGACAUGGACCCGGAGGGGCUGGUGUACACGGCGCUCUUGCUUCCCAUCCUCCGCGCGUUUGCGCUCUAGCUGUGCGCUCCCGGCCCGAGGCACGUCCCGCUGCUGACCGGAGAGGGGGCUGUUAUUAUUUUGUCGCUUAGCUGAGACAUCACUGUGUAGGAGAGAGAGAGAGAGAGCGAGGGAGAGAGAGAGAGAAAGAGAGAGGGAGAGAGGAGCUGGGGGACAGUACAGACUGAGCAGCAGAGAGGACCACACAGUCGUGACAGCAAAGGCCGUUUCAGGAUAUAGGGCAACCGAGAGCGGCUUCUUUUUGUGUCCUCCAUCAUGGCGAGUGACUCUCCAGCUCGGAGUCUGGACGAAAUCGACCUGUCCGCUUUGAGGGAUCCUGCUGGCAUCUUUGAGCUGGUUGAGCUGGUGGGAAAUGGCACCUACGGGCAGGUGUACAAGGGUCGCCAUGUUAAGACGGGGCAGCUGGCAGCCAUCAAGGUCAUGGAUGUCACCGGGGAUGAGGAAGAGGAGAUUAAAGCGGAAAUUAACAUGCUGAAGAAGUACAGUCACCAUCGGAACAUCGCCACCUACUAUGGAGCGUUCAUCAAGAAAAACCCUCCUGGCAUAGAUGACCAGCUAUGGCUUGUCAUGGAGUUCUGUGGAGCCGGCUCAGUGACGGACUUGAUCAAGAACACAAAGGGCAAUUCUCUGAAAGAGGAAUGGACCGCUUACAUCUGCAGAGAGAUUCUCAGGGGUCUGACUCAUCUCCAUCAGCACAAGGUCAUCCACCGAGACAUCAAGGGACAGAAUGUCCUGCUGACUGAGAACGCAGAGGUCAAACUAGUGGACUUUGGUGUUUCAGCCCAGUUGGACAGGACAGUAGGAAGGAGAAACACGUUUAUUGGGACACCAUAUUGGAUGGCACCAGAGGUCAUCGCUUGUGAUGAGAACCCCGACGCCACAUACGACUUCAAGAGUGAUUUAUGGUCACUGGGAAUCACAGCAAUAGAGAUGGCUGAGGGAGCACCACCGCUGUGUGACAUGCACCCGAUGAGAGCCCUCUUCCUCAUCCCACGCAACCCUGCCCCCCGACUCAAGUCGAAGAAGUGGUCGAAGAAGUUCCAGUCGUUCAUAGAGAGCUGUCUGGUGAAGAGCCACAGCCAGAGACCCAGCACAGAGCAGCUGCUCAAACACCCGUUCAUCAGAGACCUGCCCAACGAGAGGCAGGUCCGCAUCCAGCUGAAGGACCACAUCGACCGCACCAAGAAGAAGAGGGGAGAGAGGGAUGAGACAGAGUACGAGUACAGCGGCAGUGAAGAGGAGGACGAAGAAAGAGACAUGGGUGAACCGAGCUCCAUCAUCAACAUCCCCGGGGAGUCGACCCUGAGGCGGGACUUCCUGCGCCUCCAGCUGGCCAAUAAGGAGCGCUCGGAGGCGCAGCGGCGGCAGCAGCUGGAGCAGCAGCAGAACGAGGAGCACAAGCGCUUGCUGUUGGCUGAGAGACAGAAACGCAUCGAGGAGCAGAAGGAGCAGAGGAGGCGGCUGGAGGAGCAGCAGCAGCGAGAACGUGAGCUGAGGAAGCAGCACGAGAGAGAGCAGAGGAGGCGCUACGAGGAAAUGGAGCAGCUCCGCAGAGAGGAGGAGAGGAGGCAUGCAGAGAGAGAACAGGAGUAUAUCCGUAGACAGCUGGAGGAGGAACAGAGGCAGUUAGAGAUUCUCCAGCAGCAGCUACUACAGGAGCAGGCAUUACUGCUGGAGUACAAGCGUAAGCAGAUCGAGGAGCAGCGGCAGGCGGAGCGGCUACAGAGGCAGCUCCAGCAGGAGAGAGCCUACCUGGUGUCUCUACAACAGCAGCAGCAGCAGCAACAGCAGCAGCAGCAGCAGGAGGGAAGGCAAGCAGAGAAGAAACAGCUUUACCACUACAAAGAUGUCAUCAAUCCUAAUGACAAGCCUGCCUGGGCUAAAGAGGUCCUGAAGCAGCAGCAUGCUCACGGUAACCCGCCCCACUCCCACCUACGACAUCACCAGUCAUUCAACCAACCGGCUUCAUCCUCUGGCUCUCACGGCCAACCCAGAGCUCAGGCCCCUAGGCGAACCCCGUCCCAUGGUGCCCAGCUCCUCUCUACCCACCUCCCCCAUAUCCGUAUUUCCCUAGACCCUGGGGAACCCCUAGAUCCGGGGCUGAAGAAGGAAAUAAGUCAGCAGGUCAGAGAGUUCAGGGCUCAGAAGCUCAGUCAGAGGGGCCGCAGCCCAGGGCCCAUCAAGGAACAGAACCAGGCUGCUGGCCAAGGACCCAGUAAGGGCCCUGGUAAGAAUCCUAUAGAGCAUUGUAGCCAAAGGCCAGUCAGCCCGUCUAAAGCAGUACCCAACCCUUAUCCUCUGGGGCCCAGUAAUCAAAAAGAGAAGCCUAGAGACAGGCCUCUCUCUGUCCCCAGUCAGGGAGCCAUCCAGGGGCUAAUGUCUCCAGAUCUACCGCUUAAGGCCCUUCAACCUCAUCCUCAGUCCCCAGGACAGGUCCAGAAACCCCAGUCUGGAUCAAACCAUGUUUCCAACCCUGCGGUCAAACUGGUGGAGGAGCGAUCUAAGCUGAACAGACAGAGCUCCCCAGCGCUGCAGCACAAAGUGUCCAACCGCAUCUCCGACCCCUCCCUCCCUCCCCGCUCCGAGUCCUUCAGCAGCGGGGGCAUGCAGCCCGCCCGCACCCCACCCAUCCACCGCUCCAUCGAACCACAGAUGGCUCACCUUGUCCCAGUGAAGACCCACUCCAGCUCCAUGUCCGGCUCUCAGUCUCUGCAGGACCAAACGGGCUCAGCGCUCAGUGAGGCCGUAAGCGUUGGCUCCCCCAGGCCCGAGAUGCCCCGGCAGAACUCAGACCCCACAUCUGACACCCCCGGACCUCCGCUGCGCAUCGCCGGCAGGGAGGAACGGGAUCGGGAACGGGACAGAGACAGGGAUCGGGACAGGACGGCCUGGCUGAGAGAGGAAGACAUUCCACCGAAGGUCCCACAGAGGACCACUUCCAUCUCCCCAGCCCUGGUCAGGAAGAAUUCGCCUAAUGGAGGAGUGGGUCUGGGCCCUCGCACAGGUUCUCAGCUCAUACGAGCCAGUAACCCAGACCUGCGGCGCUCAGAGCUCUCUCUGGACGCCAUGCUGCAAAGAACCUCCUCCAACUCCUCAUCUUCCUCCUCCCCUUCAUCUCAGGGAGGCUCAGCCGAGAGGAGAGGUCAAACCAAGCAGGAAGGAUCCCCUCCAGGAGCCAAUCAGGAGGCCAAGUCCAAACAGGAGGAGGGCCGUGAAUCAGCCAGACCCAGCAGACCUGCAAGCUAUAGAAAGGCCAUAGAUGAGGACCUAAGUGCAUUGGCUAAGGAACUCAGAGAACUGAGGGUAGAGGAAGGCAGCAGACCUCCAGUCAAGGUGACAGACUACUCGUCCUCCAGUGAUGAAUCAGAGAGCAGCGAUGAGGAUGGGGAGACAGUGGGCCAUGAUGGGACUGUCGCCGUUAGUGACAUCCCCCGUAUCAUGCCACCGGUGCAGAGCAGUGGCGAGUCGUAUGGAGGGCUGACAGAGGACUCUCUGGGAGAUGCCUAUAAUAGCUCCAAGGACGGCACUCUAGUGAUGAGAGAGGCAGAGGAGAGGAGGAGAGGCGGUCACACUGAGAGUAACGGGUUUGGGAAUCACAGUAACCAUGGUAACCUCCCUGACCUGGUACAGCAGAGCAACUCUCCCUCAGCCACACCCACCUCAGCCCUGCAGGAACUGGGCGACAUGGCUGAGUUUGGUGUGGGGGGCUCCAAAGCGUCCUUUACCCCGUUUGUUGAUCCACGCGUCUAUCAGACAUCGCCAAGUGAAGAUGACAAUGAGAACUCAGCAGCAGCCAUGUUUGCAAAUGAGCUGCUGAGGCAGGAGCAGGCCAGACUAAACGAAGCCAGAAAGAUCUCCGUGGUCAACGUCAACCCUACCAACAUCAGACCCCACAGUGACACACCUGAGAUCCGAAAAUACAAGAAGCGCUUCAACUCUGAGAUCCUGUGUGCUGCACUCUGGGGUGUGAACCUGCUGGUUGGGACAGAAAAUGGUCUGAUGCUGCUUGACCGAAGCGGACAGGGAAAAGUCUAUAACCUGAUCACCAGACGGCGCUUCCUGCAGAUGGAUGUGCUGGAGGGGCUCAAUGUGCUGGUCACCAUAUCUGGGAAAAAGAAUAAGUUGCGUGUCUACUACUUGUCCUGGCUGAGGAACAGAAUAUUACACAACGACCCAGAAGUAGAAAAGAAGCAGGGUUGGAUUACAGUCGGGGAGCUGGAGGGCUGUGUGCAUUAUAAAGUUGUAAAAUAUGAGAGGAUUAAGUUCCUGGUGAUUGCUCUGAAGAACUCUGUGGAAAUCUAUGCCUGGGCGCCCAAACCCUACCACAAGUUCAUGGCCUUCAAGUCGUUCACUGACUUGCAGCACCGUCCCCAGCUGGUUGACCUGACGGUGGAGGAAGGUCAGAGGUUAAAGGUCAUCUACGGCUCCAGCGUGGGCUUCCAUGUCAUCGACGUGGACUCAGGCAACCCUUACGACAUCUACAUCCCCUCACAUAUCCAGAGCCAGGUGACACCCCAUGCCAUCGUGGUGCUGCCUAAAACUGAUGGAAUGGAGAUGCUGCUGUGCUACGAGGACGAGGGCGUCUACGUCAACACCUACGGUCGAAUCACCAAGGAUGUGGUGCUCCAGUGGGGAGAGAUGCCUACCUCUGUUGCCUAUAUCCAUUCUAAUCAGAUUAUGGGAUGGGGUGAGAAAGCCAUAGAGAUCCGCUCUGUGGAGACAGGUCAUCUGGAUGGAGUCUUUAUGCACAAGAGAGCCCAGAGACUGAAGUUCCUCUGUGAGCGAAACGACAAGGUAUUCUUUGCAUCAGUGCGUUCGGGAGGUAGCAGCCAAGUUUUCUUCAUGACCCUCAACAGAAACUCUAUGAUGAACUGGUGAUGGCUCCUCCCACAGUCCACUCUGCCUCACUCUCCCAUUGGCCAGCCCACGGCACAUCUCACAAACGAACCCGACCGCCCGAGAGGCCACAAAGUGAACUCUUUUAACACUGGAGAGACUAAAAUGGUGUAGAGGAAAAAAACUAAACAAAAAACAAAACAACAAAGUUAUCGUAGAGAAAAAAACAACAAACGAAGAGACGUGUCACCCUAGAUUAUGUCGGGUCAUGCAGAAGCCAUCGUUACUCAACUGACUGGCAAACUGGUGCCACUGACUUUCCAAAUAUUCUCUUCUGACCCUCUUUCUCUGUCUGUCUGUCUGUAACUCUUCCCCCUUUUUGUCCGUCUCGUCUCUCCAAACGGACCAGUGCAUUCAAGUGUGCGUGCAACUGUAGUAAAUACACUUUACACCUGCCCACCUUCUGUCGCUCUACUUCUUCUUUUUGUCCUCGCUUCCUAAGCCUCUGCUCCUUCCCCUUCCUUCUGCUGGAUCUAGUCAUCACUGACGCCUAUGCCCUCCAUUUUCCCUCCCUCCCUGUCUGCCAUGUGUGGGCUCGUUCCUUUGAAAACUGCACCUCAAGGGACGGAGGAAGAAUAGAUGAAUGAGAUUUAAUAUAAAUUUAAAUGUACGCUUCUGAAUAUGACAGUGCAGGGAGGGCAGCUGAGAGAUGACAAAUCUACUCGGGACGUCGGCGGUGAAUGCAGACAGCCUGAUUGAUUUUCUUUCUCCUCUGUCAGUCCUCCUCCUCCUCCUCCUCCACUUCCUCCUCUCGCCAUCUUUUUUUCGGGUUCUGAGUCAAACUGAAUUGUGAUUUUUAGUGUUCGAUCGCAUUUCGCUGAUAGAGAUGCGAUGAGACUCUGCUGUCAUAGGCGAGUCGGAAUAGUAUGCAAAGAUGAUGUCUGUGUCCCUUUAAAAUGAAAUCACUGGUCCAUUCCGUCUUUUCUCUCCUUUUCUUCCUCUUUCCCCUCCUCCCAGUCAUCAUCAUCAUCAUCACUCUCCUCUCCCUGUUUUCACUCUUUAAACUCUGAAGGUGCUGCAUCAGAUAUACUGUAAUAUUAAAUGAACAAUGAGAGCGUCAUUCGGUUCAUUGUUUAUUUUUCGUUCUUUUCUUUUCUUUUCUUUUUUUCUUCUGUGUAACAGUUUGGAGUCAGUCAGUCUUUGAAGCUUGAGGAAAUGUACAGCACAUGUGUCUCUGAAAUCAGGAGUGUGUGUCAAACGUGUGUAUGAAUGCGUGCAUAAUUGUGUGUGUGUGUGUGUGUUUGACUUGAUAAAAGUGAAGUGGGGCGUUGAACUUAAUGUCCACGAAAAGUGGACUCGAGUAAUUCUGUCUUUGUGCGUCAACUUCUACCUUAAUGCGAUCAAAGCAACACUGAGUGUGUUUACAAGCAGAUUUACAAUAUUAUCUUCUUAGUAUGAAGUUUAUGAGUUGGUGAACACCAUGCAUUAAAAAAAAUAGGCAAUAUUAGUGGUUGAUUUUUAUUUUUCAUCUUUGUGUGUGUGUCUCCUUUUAACACAGUAAUGUUCUGGCUAUUCAUGACUACAGCCACGUCGCUGUAGGAGAUAAUGAAGAUGCAUAUAAAGAGCUUAUGAGUACGACCUCCACAGGAUAUGAGCCGCUGUCCCGAAUACUGUGUGCGCGUCAAAGCGCUCGUCGUCGAAAGCUGCGGUGUCCUUUUGAAUCAUGCUCCUCUCCUGAUUGGCUCUUCUGAUUCCGAUUUUUGGCUCCUAACUGUUUGUACAGUGCCUAGCAUGAUGUAAGCAAAACUAAAAUGAGGCCAAGAGAUUAUCACUUGUUAUAAUUAAUCAUUUUGUUGCCUAUACGGUUACUUUACACUGUUUUUUUUCUUUCCUUUUUUCGGUGUGUGUCUGUGUGUUAUUAUCUAACUUUAACACAUUGCUGAUGUUAUUUGUCUCUUCUAAUAGAGAUGUACAUUAACAAUGAGAUUGAUUUAUUCUUUGAAAGGAGUAACUGAAUAUGGGAUGACAUGAAUUUGCCAUUUCUAAAUAUUUAGAACAGCUCAAUCAUUAAUACAUAUUGUAUUAAAUCUAUAACACUAUUGAGGGCGGACGAGUUCAUGUACACUCAUCGAUGUCGGAGAACAAUGUAAUGCAGAUUGGUCUUUUUUUUUUUUUUCUGCAGAUGUGGCAGUAUGUUGGCCUAUGGUGAACAAACUUAAAGUGGCACAAAAAAAUAGACUCAUUCCCAAAUUAUGUAACAAUCAUUUGCAAUGAAGUUUUGUUUCUGUUAAAUUAUUACUUUUUUUUUUUUUUUUACACAUCCAUGCAGUAGCUGUUCCUGCGGAGCUGCAAGUUAGGUUCACUGAUCUCUGUUAGGGGGAGCAGGCUAACAUUUAGCAAUAAAGAGCCAAGCUGAAGAAAACCAGCGUCUUCCCUGUGUGUGUGUGUGUGUGUGUGUAUAUGUGUGUUUGUGUGUAUGUGUGUGUGCAUGUGUGUGUGUGUGUGCAUGUGUGUGUGUGUGUGUGUGCGCACGCACGCAUGCAUCUGUGUGUAUGAUUAAUGAACAAGUGUGAAUGGGGGCAUUAUUACUCUGUUUGUCCAUUGUGGAAUUCACUCUUCCAGUUGGAAAAAAUGAUGAUGGUCAUUACACUGAGAACUCUCCUUUCAAAGACGAAACCACUGUAUUCUUUAUUCUGUUUCUUUCUUGUUUUCUUUAUUUUGAAAGAGCAUUACUAAUGUCCUGUUUUGGGAUUUAUUUGUUUUGUAAAAGAGAUGCUGUAAGAGAGAAAUAAAUGAAACUAGAGCAUUA